AUGACAGCGAAGAAGAAUCAGGCUCUGCCAAAUGGAAGUGCAAAGGAGAACGUGCUGCAGAGGGUCCUGCAGCUGCCAGUGGUGAGCUCGACCUGUGAAACCCUUCAGCGCACCUAUGUGAGCACCAAGGAGGCCCACCCGCUCAUGGCCUCGGUGUGUGAGGUCUACGAGCGGGGCGUGCAGGGCGCCGGAGCCUUGGCCAUGUGGGGCGUGGAGCCCGUGGUGCGCAAGCUGGAGCCUCAGUUCACUGUGGCUAACAACCUGGCCUGCCGGGGCUUGGACCACCUGGAGGAGAAGAUCCCUGCGCUCCAUUACCCUGUUGACAAGCUUGCAUCUGAACUGAAGGACACCAUCUCCACCCCGCUCCAAAGUGCUAAAAGCACCAUUGGCAACUCCAUGGAUAAGAUCAUUGAGCUGGCAGCAGAAGGCUAUGAGGCCACCAAGAGCACUGUAGAAACAACAGCAAAGUACGCAAGGAGAAACUCAGUGAGCCAGAUGGCAGCUGCAGGGGUCGACACGGCCCUGGGAGGGCUGGAGAAGCUGAUGGAGUAUCUGCUGCCAGAGGAGGAUGAAGUAGCAGAUCAGAAGCCCAAAGAGAAACGUGUACCAGCAGUAAAGGCCUCACAGAAGCAGCCCAGCGCUCCUAGUGCUCCCAGCACUCCCAGUGCUCCCAGCACCCCCAGUGCUCCCAGCACCCUGGGCCGGAUCGGUGCCUUGGUGAGCAGCGUCUCCUACCGCGCUUACCAGCAAACCACCCAAGGCCUCCAGCGUGCCAAAGCCAAAGGGCAGGAGCUGGCCACCUGGGUCCCCAUCCUGGGCCACCUGGUCAAGCCAAGCACACCUGAGGCACCACGAGCCCAAGGGGAUGGGCAGAGCAGCACGGGCGGCUGGAUGAGCCGGCGGCAGAGCAAGGCUCCGGAGCAGAGGCAGGAAAAAGCAGGGAAGAAAGACAACAACCACACCAAGGAGGCAGGAGAUGGCCCCGGGCUGGUGGGCAGCGUGGCACACAACCUGCAGAAUGCCUGCGCCUCCGGCAUCUCCAGCGUGAAGAAGGUCCCGGCUGUGGCCUGGGAUGCAGCUGAAGGGUUGAUCCUCUUCACCCCUCGCAGGCUGUCUAAGGCCAUGGAGACAGUGGAUGCUCUUGGGGGGACUCUUGUCAGUGCUCCCAAGCAUCUGCUGGGCACCCUGUACAGCUAUGUGCCGCUCCGCAGGCAGUCGGUGAAGGGAGAAGAGGCAGCUGGGGGCAGCAAGCCCAGCCCAGAGAGGGAGGAGAAGGAGGAGGACACCAAGCCUACAGCCACCUCCACCGAGGAGAAAUCCCAGCCGAGGGACGACUGGCGGAUGUACCGUGGCCAUCACCCCCUCUCCUUCCUGGGGCUCGAGGACCCCCUCUUCCUGCGGCACAACUUCUACCGCAGCCCGGCCUUCGAGCCCGAGUGCCCCUUCCCACGGAAAUCCGCCUUCUCCCCCUACAACAGGCGGGUGAGCGAGGGCUCCUACCGCUUCAGCCCCGAGGCCAUGUACAGCCGGGCUUACUAUGGCAACCUCUACAGCCCUGUCUUCAAGAAGGACUGA